CGCCGCGCAGGUCUUUCUGGAGUCAUCACUUAGGGUUGGUUGACAGGUGACCCGGAAGUUAAGUGCCCAGGCCGCCGGAGCUCCAAAUACUCUCUUUUCCGUCGGCGUCUGCGCAUCUCCCACUCAGCGACGCCUCCCACCGUGCGUGCGGGGUUUCCCGAGUUUUAAGACCCCACAGAGCGUAUUCACCCUUCUCUUUCGGAAAACUAUUCCGGAAACGAACCCCGUGGGACAGGAUGUGGUUAGCCAAGAGCACCGGAAGUCCGGAAGGCCGGGGCGGGGCGGCUUGGGCUGACCGGGAGUGGGCGAGGCCAGACCGGCGCGGAGCUCGAGACCCUCAGCUCGGAAGAGUAAGGAACUGGGCGAGGGGCUCUUUGUAGAAGUUUGAGGUGCAUUUUCAUUGAUUAAAAAAUGACGACUCUUGAAAGUUUAGAAGCCAAAGUCACCCUUACUCCAGCCCCAGUCCGAGGAGCAGGAGAUGGCAUGGAAACUGAGGAGCCACCUAAGUCUGUUGAAGUGACCUCUGGAGUCCCGCCUGUAAGGCAUCACAUCCUUCAGAAUCCACGGAAGAAAGCAGUUCCAGGCGAGAGCCCAGGAGUCCUUCAGCUCGGGAAGAUUCUCACUGAAAAAGCAGUGGAAGUUGAAGCCAUAAGAAUAUUAGUUCCCAAAGCUGCUAUAACCCAUGACAUCCCCAGCAAGAAUGCAAAGGUGAAGUCUCGGGGACAUCAUAAGGGAGAGCUCCUAGGUCAGUCAGAGGGAACUGUAGAACCCAGAAAGGAACUAUCGGAGUUUAAGAGUCUACUGGAGAAGCUCAAGAACUCUGAAAGGAGGUUACUGCAGGACAAAGAGGGUCUUUCAAACCAGCUCAGAGUACAGACAGAGGUCAAUCGAGAGUUAAAGAAGUUGCUAGUGGCUUCCGUUGGAGAUGAUCUUCAGUACCAUUUUGAACGUCUAGCCCGUGAGAAAAAUCAGCUUAUUUUAGAAAAUGAAGCCCUAGGUCAAAACACAGCUCAGCUUUCUGAACAGCUGGAACGUAUGUCAAUACAGUGUGACGUAUGGCGGAGUAAAUUCCUUGCAAGCAGGGUGAUGGCAGAUGAGUUAACCAAUUCAAGAGCAGGUUUGCAGCGGCAAAAUCGCGAUGCCCAGAGUGCUAUUCAAGAUCUCCUGAGUGAGCGGGAGCAGUUUCGUCAGGAAAUGAUAGCUACCCAGAAAUUAUUGGAGGAGCUCCUGGUGUCCUUGCAGUGGGGAAGAGAGCAAACUUACUACCCUAGUACACAGCCUUACACCACAGCAGAACUAGCUUUAACAAAUCACAAGUUGGCAAAAGCAGUAAAUGCUCAUCUUCUGGGAAAUGUUGGCACUAACAAUCAAAAAAAGAUACCAUCAACGGUUGAAUUCUGCAGCACCCCAGCAGAAAAAAUGGCUGAAACGACAGAUCCCAUCCUCCCUCAUUCUGGACUCUCCAUUCUUUCACACUGUAUAGAAAGCUUUUCAAAAAUCGUUAUUGCAUCCCCUCUUGUCAAGGUUCUACGCAUUUUGGAUCCAGUUACCUGUACGGAAAGCUCACCUGAUAAUCCUUUUUCUGAGUCUUCACCAACUGCCUUACUUGCUACAAAGAAAAAUAUUGGACGAUUUCAUCCCUAUACUAGAUAUGAAAAUAUAACUUUCAAUUGCUGCAAUCACUGCCAGGGAGAACUUAUUGUCCUUUAACAUAACAAG